UUGGUAUGCUAAUUCAUCAUCUUCAUAGCGCCCUUCCACUUGCCUUAUUCUGCAACAAUUUUCUCUUUCUCGAUGUUGACCAAUUAAUGAUCAUUCUGAAAAACCUUCCUUGUAGAUCGAAAACAAUGGUGUAGUUGAUGAUUCUCAUCGAUCAUUCAUGGAUAGCCGUAAUUAUGUUCCCGUGGCGUGUCGGACUCGAUUGCAAGUAAACCGUUCUUACCAGGCUUAUUCGAAGAGGUGUAGGAUUGAAGCUAGGAACCGAAGGAGGGCCAAAAAGUUAUCCCGCACUCCCGCCGCCGAGGAUCAUCGUGAAAUAAAUUUGGUAGAGAUUUCCGAUUCUGAGGAGGAUGCAGGAGGAGGAGGAGAUUAUAGGCAGCACUACAUGAGGCAUUGCGAUUUCAGGAACAGGUGGAAGAAUGGUCUACCAGUUAGAUCUAAACUGGGAAAUACUUCAAGAGAGAUGAACGAUGCAGCUGCUGUGAAUCACCAAAGUUGGGUUUCAUCACCGUGCUCUCAGGUGAACAUUCAGUGCAUCUCUUCUGAUUCUGAACUUGAAAGCAAUGAUGGAGGAGAGUCUGAAUCUGCGAGAAAGUCAUCUCCUUGGAUAGAUGUUGUUUCAGAUCACAAGGAAAAAUCGUCUUAUGAUGAGAAAGAGAUCAGUAGUGUUCUUCCUAUAACACUUUCUGAUGAUGAUGAUGAGCAGGACAGUGGUCAAGAUAUAAUUGAGCCCAAAGAGGAUCAUCAUCCUUCUGCAAACGAAAGUGGAGGAGGAGGAGGAGAUGACUGGAAGUGGAGGCCAAUGAAGAAAAGAUACAAGUUUGAUGAUCUCCUUGCCAAAGAUUUGGUUCCAAUAUCUCCUUGCGAUGAUAAUGAUGAUGAUGAACAACAACCAGAUAAGCAAGAAGAUGAUGAUGAUGAACUACAACUAGAUAAACAAGAGUGUCCUGGUUUACCCAUGAAUUCCAGUCUGGAAGAUAUGGAUGAUGAAAAGGAUAAGCUAUUGGAGGAGAUGAAUUUGUCCCCUGAAACCACAGAAAUCUUGUUGACUCACUCACAUGAAGGUGGGUGCUUUCUUGACAUUUAUUAUUUGCCCUAAAUGCAAUAUAUAUAUGUGAUCAAAAUGAUAACAUAUAUAUGCAUGGGCUUCAAUUGCAGGUUUGGGAAGAAUUAUCAAGAAAGAGAUGAGUGAGGCUAAAUCUCUUUGAUGCAGAUCACCCAAAACGUUGGAUUCUUGGUUUUCAGUGAGUACAUAAUUGAUCACCGAAACUUGUGUAGAUAGAUUUUACCAUAUUAUUGUGUGUUUACUUGCAAUGUUUUAUAGAGAUUACAAUUAGACUGAUUAAGUUUGAAUUGGUAAGAAUUAGGAGGGGUUGAGUUUAAUUAUAAUACUUUAAUUAAUAGGCCAUACUAACUCU